GACUAUAAAUCUUGGACACUUGUAAUGCAUUUACAAUUAUACCAAUAGUUUAUUCCCAUCCCCCAUUCCCAUUCGGUGUACGUAAACCACUCGCAUGUUCUGUUCAGAUUUCCCGCAUAUAAAGAGAUAUACCCGAUCCAGAAUUACUGUAGAUAGACAGAAGAGAUGACAGCAAAAUUGGGUUCAUUUAGGCACAGCUUUGCAGAGAGAAGAGAAAGGGAAAAGCUAUUACCCACAAGUUUAAAGGAGACGAGCGCGUUUUGGGGGGAAGAAGGUAAAGAAGAUUCCGGCGGAUGCUUCUGUUUCCGUCGGAUCGGAGAGAAAUUUACAGAAACAUGGAGAAAUUCCAAGGAUGUCUUUUUAAAUGCUUGGGAGAUGGGUUUGGCCGACCCAAGAAAAGUGGUUUUCUCGGCGAAGAUGGGUUUGGCUCUGAUGCUCAUCUCUCUUCUCAUCUUCUUCCGAGAACCGCUUGAAGAACUUAGCAAUUACUCUGUCUGGGCUAUCCUUACUGUCGUCGUUGUGUUUGAGUUCAGCAUAGGAGCAACUCUAAGCAAAGGGUUUAACCGUGGAUUAGGGACUUUAACCGCCGGAGGUCUUGCCCUCGGCACGGCGGAGUUAUGUGAGUUGGCCGGAGAUUGGGAAGAAGCUGUCAUUGUUGCUAGCAUAUUUCUGACAGGAUUUGUCAUGACUUAUGCAAAGCUGUACCCAACAAUGAAACCAUAUGAGUAUGGAUUUCGAGUGUUCUUGAUAACAUAUUGCUUCAUAAUGGUAUCUGGGUAUCAGACAAGAGAGUUUGUGAAUACAGCAGUUACGCGGUUCCUUCUGAUCGCACUUGGCGCAGGCGUUUCUUUGGCUGUAAAUAUAUGCAUAUACCCAAUUUGGGCUGGGGAGGAUCUACACAAUUUAGUAUCGAAAAACUUCACCAGCUUGGCCACUUCAUUGGAAGGUUGUGUUAAUGGGUAUUUGAAAUGUGCAAACUAUGCUCGGGUUCCUUCGAAAAUACUUACUUACCAAGCUUCUGAUGAUCCAAUUUAUAGCGGAUAUAGAUCAACUGUCGAAUCGACUAGCCAGGAGGAAGCUCUGAUUGGUUUUGCUAUUUGGGAACCUCCUCAUGGUCCUUACAAAAUGUUUAAAUAUCCUUGGAGAGACUAUGCUAAAGUAGGCGGUGCUUUGAGACAUUGUACAUUCACUGUUAUGGCUUUACAUGGCUGCAUUCUUUCUGAGAUACAGGCUCCUAUUGAAAGUAGGCUGGUGUUUUCUAAAGAGCUUCAGAGAGUUGGAACAGCUGGUGCAAAAGUAUUAAGGGAGCUUGGGAGGAAAUUGAAAAACAUGGAGAAACUAGGUUCAAAUGACAUAUUAUAUGAAGUUCAAGAAGCUGCAGAAAAGUUACAAAAGGUAGUUGAUCAGAAAUCAUAUCUUUUAGUCUGUGCUGAAAACUGGAGGAUAGGACAUCGAGUCAAAGAAUUGAAAGAUGCACAAGAAUUCGCGGCUAUGGAAGAUGAAGAAAAUGUUUUCCAUUCCUUGAAUUACAGUUUUCCUGCAAUUUCAAAAAGUUGGACUGCGGAUAAAGGGGAUAUGAACAACGGUUGUAUACUCGCGCCUCCUGUUUCUAGGCUUGAAGAUGAUUCGAUGUUGUUAACUGAAGAAGGUGACGAAGAAUCGAAUACGUACCAGAAUGCCAGUAGACUUGCUCUGGCGACUUUCAUGUCUCUUAUGAUUGAAUUUGUUGCUAGGCUUCAAAAUUUGGUUGAUUCAUUUGAAGAAUUGAGCAUAAAAGCAAAUUUCAAAGAGGUGGUUUUAAUUUCAGAGGAAUCAUUAGAGGAAGAUGGAAUGUGGACAAAACUGCUUAGAGGGAUACAGUUUGGAAGGAAAGAAGAGCCUUUGUUGGUGUAAAAGUAUAUAAACAACUAAGUUUAGAGUAGUUAAUGAUUAAACAGAUUGAAAAGAUGAAAAUGAGUUCCUUUUCAAUCAAUCAUCUAAACUAUAAUCUUCUUCCAAGUUUAAUAUAUAAUUUUUCAUGA